AUGCAAAGAGAGGAGCACAUGGAAAUAAAGAUGGAAAAGCUGGAUUCUGAUGGACCCCCAAAAGGGGCUAGAGACCCUACUGAUCCUCCACUAGAAACUGGCAGGGAGGUCCUGAACGAGAUGGCUCCAAAGCCAAUUAAGCAGGAACCUGAGGAAGGGCCGCAGCUCCGGUGGGAGGCCCAGUGGCAGGAGUUCCUUAAGACGGUGGAGUCCCCUAACUCGGGACGGCAGCGCCCACAGUUGCCUCAGCCACCAUCAUGGGAGGAUACAAAGUCUUUUCAGGCCUUCUUCAGGGGAGCUGCGAAUAUCAGCCGGCAGCCUAGAGGACAGCUUGAGACGGAGACUCUUUCGGGUCUCCACAGAGGACCCUGCAAGGCCCUGGAAAGCCCGGAUCCCCCCGUGACAGUGAAAGAAGAGAGGUUGGAUGAGGAGGGUGUAGACCCGGAGGUGAGCUGCCGGCGCUUCAGGCGCUUCUGCUACUGGGAGGCCGAAGGUCCCCGAGAUGUUUGCCGGCAGCUCCGAGGACUCUGCUGUCAGUGGCUGGAGCUGGAGAGACGCACCAAGGAGGAGAUCCUGGACCUGCUGGUGUUGGAACAGUUCCUGAGCAUCCUGCCGGGGGAAAUGCAGACCUGGGUGCAGGAAGGAGGGCCCAGGAGCUGCCUCCAGGCGGUGACCCUGGCCGAGGCGUUCCUGCGAAGGCUGGAGGAGGCAGAGAGACAAGGAGGGCAGGUGAGCGAGCUGGAGCCUUUUGAGGAGGUGAUUGUUCAUUCACCCAAGGAAGAGCAGGAUCCGUCGGAUACCGAGGAGAUGCAGCUCUCUCGGGAGGCAAAGCAGGAGGGUGAGGAAGGUACCAGUGUGUUUGAAGGCGAUGGGCAGAUGAUUGAGAAUGGAGCAGAGAAUCUUCCUCCAGAAGAACCUGAGCAAGUGGAAGCCAGCAUCAGGGUGACAGAAUGGGUAGGAGGGAAACUUACAAAAGAUUCUCCAUUUGUCCAAGACAGCGAGAAUGAAGGGCAGAACCUUCCACCAGAGAGAGCCAGACAUGCUGAAGUCAGCGAAAUCUCUUUGGAAAAGCCCAGUGUGAUCCUCUUCCAUGUUCCUAAAGGGGAUGGAGCACCGGGCUCAGCGGGAAGUCAGACGGGCUCCCAACGACCCCAGGAAAAUCGUCCAAGGAAGAUGCCGCGGAGAGACUUUGACUGCAGGGAGGAAGACGACGGAAUCUUGAACGAGAGCCCUUCUCAAGAAAGGGUCCCCAUGGCUGAGUGUGGGAAAAGCUUCAAUCUGAGUUUGGACCUUGGUCCAACUCCAAAGACUCAGUCCUACGAAUGUUCGUACUGUGGGAAAAGGUGGCCGUGCCAAUCUCAGCUGCGCAGGCACGUGAAAAUCCACACGGGGGAGAGACCCCACAAAUGCGUGGACUGUGGGAAAAGCUUCAGCACCAGCUCCAACCUCAGCCAGCACAAAAGGGUACACACGGGUGAGAGGCCCUACAUUUGCAAAGACUGCGGGAAAAGUUACCGGCGCAGGGCCUCCCUGGUCCAGCAUGAGAGGGAAACCUGCGGGAAGGGAAGCAAUUUGAACACCCCGGCAGUGGGGUACGUCGUUUUGGGGAACUGCACUUUGCUGUGUGUGAAAAAACCGACACCGGGCGGAAGGAACCGCGUCAUUGCUCCAAAGGGGGGAGAACCGCCUUUGGCCCCUCCGCCCCUAAAGGUCUUGACAGGGUAUGCCCAGGAGAGAAGUCACACAAGUGAUUAAGUUGGCUUGGGAGGGGGAAGGGGGACAGAUUUUAGCG